GCCAGAUUAGUUUUCAUUUUACCAUUACAACAGAGAAGUUAAUAGCAGCGCUAGGUGGAAGAAAGAACUCCCUUGUGCUGGUGAUAGAUAGCGACAGUGUAAUAUAUGCUCUAAGUUUGGCUUUAAGGACAGUGUCGAAACAGUAUAAGGAGUAGAUGGUGUCGAUGUAAUAACAUAGAGAAGAAUUGUAGCUGUGGCAUAAGAAUAUUUGUUUAAUCAACUCUACUUGCUACUUUAUCGUAUCAAAAAGAUGAUGCAAUUUAUGCUAUUAUUUAGCCGUCAGGGCAAGCUACGGCUUCAAAAAUGGUACGUGGCUCAUCCAGACAAACUGAAAAAAAAGAUUACGCGAGAAUUAAUAACUACUAUAUUAGCACGAAAACCAAAAAUGUCUAGCUUUCUUGAAUGGAAAGACGUCAAAGUUGUAUAUAAGAGGUACGCUAGCUUGUACUUCUGCUGUGCUAUAGAACAAAACGACAAUGAACUUCUGACUCUGGAAAUUAUUCAUCGUUACGUCGAACUAUUGGACAAAUACUUUGGCAGUGUGUGCGAGUUGGAUAUAAUCUUCAAUUUUGAAAAGGCCUACUUUAUUUUGGAUGAACUGUUGGUCGGUGGUGAGAUACAGGAAACGAGUAAAAAAAAUGUGCUGAAGGCUAUCGCUGCCCAGGAUCUACUGCAGGAGGAGGAGACUCCGCAAGGAUUUUUCGAAGACCACGGGUUGGGAUAAUUUCCAUGCACAUGCAGAUGCACAAGACAUCAUCAUCUUCGAUUUGUGCAUCUUAUCAAAACAGGAAAACAUUCCAUUUUAUUAUUCGUUCGUUUUAAUAUAAUCAGGGGUUUCAUUCGAAAUCAAUUUCUACAAUUUUAACGCAGUGCAUACUUUUACUUGUUUACUAUUCAAAUAGUUGCAUUUAUUAUUUUUAUUCUAGUAUGUAGUUAAUUAGGAUAAGAUCGUCACGGAAAAGAUACGGGGGCUGCUUUCUCCGCAAUGGAUUUCGUAUUUCAUCGCGCGGAGGGUGACUCAAGUUUCACCAGCUUUUUGCUUAUCGGGAAUUUAUUCGGAAGUAAUACUCUUUAUGAUUUGAAAACUUGAUAUUUGCUUAUUUUCGGUUCUCUUCAAAUUACUAUGCAUUCACCAAAUAGUCGCUAAAUAUUAGUAAUGCAGGUAGAAUUAUAUUUCGGUUUAUCAGCAAUAUAGUGUCUUAACAGUGAAACUGUUAGAAAGUGUUAGGUAGAACAAAUAGAACGCACACGACUUGUGAUUUUUUGCUAGCAUCAAAAGAAAAAUUUGAAACAGUUCAACAAUCUACAAGCCAUUAUAUUUCAUGUAGUUUCAAUAAUUGUCGGAUCAUCUGAUCCGAUAGUUUAAUAAAUUAUUGAGUUUAUUAAAAAUUAAAUAUCGGUAGAUUCAUGAACGUGGACCACGAUUUCUAAGAUUAUUCCAAACGUAUAGCGGUAGCUUUUUGCUAAUCUAUUAUUAAUUAUCGCGACUUUUAAUAGCAGCGAAUAAUCACAGAAUACAUAUUGUAUUCUCUUUUAUCGUCCGAUAGAAGUUUCUUUUUCCAUUUACUCAACUAUAAGUGCUAUGAUGAUGAUAUUUACUCGUGAGUUUGACAUGGAUUGCUAUACUUAUGUUAGGCUAUUACCCGCAAAUUUGAAUAAUUUUUUUCAUUUUUCAUGAUCUUUCUUUGCUAUAGAUAAAGUAAUACAUACCUAUGCAAUUCUUGUACUUAAUUCACGUAAAUCGAAUUUCGGUGAUAUGUAUACUAUGAUACUAUACUUACGUCGGUGAUUUAUCACACGGCAUAUGUAUUAUUUAUGUAAUUAAUACUUUAGUAACGUGCAAUAAGCAUAUUAAAAUCAAGUAUUAUUUCUGUAGAACGUGCUUUAUGCUCCGUCCACAAUCAGCUAUCGGUAACAAUAAUAAUGUUAAUAUUGAUGAUCAGAA